UGUGGGCGGGGCGGUGGACGUGUCCGGACGGAGGCGGUUGGAGCCUGUGAUCGUGUCCGGGAGCAGGAGCAGCCCCAGGUCGAGACGCCGGCACCAUGCUGGACUUCGCAAUCUUUGCCAUUACCUUCGUGGUUUUCCUGAUCGGGGCCGUGCUCUACCUGUACCCGGCAUCUAGGCAAGCAUCUGGCAUUCCGGGUAUGGCUCCUACAGAAGAGAAGGAUGGAAAUCUUCCAGAUAUCGUGAAGACAGGGAGCCUUCAUCAAUUUCUAGUCAGUCUUCAUGAAAAGUAUGGACCAUUGGCAUCUUUCUGGUUUGGACAACGACUGGUGGUCAGUUUGGGCUCUGUGGACCUCCUGAAGGAGCACAUCAACCCAAACCGAACCUCUGAUCCAUUUGAGACCAUGCUGAAAUCCUUAUUGGGAUAUCAGUCUGGAUUUGGAGGCAAUGCUGCUGAGGGUCAUGUGAGGAAGAAGGUUUAUGAGACAGGAGUGAACAAAGCUAUCCAGAGCAACUUUGCUGUCCUUUUGGAGCUAGCUGACGAGUUGGUAACAAAGUGGCUGUCAUAUCCUGAAGCUCAGCAUGUCCCUCUGUGCCAGCACAUGUUGGGUUUUGCCAUGAAGUCUGUCACGCGGGCAGCAAUGGGUAGUCACUUUGAAAAUGAUCAAGAAGUAAUACGCUUCCGAAAGAACCAUGAAUCGAUUUGGUCAGAGAUUGGAAAAGGAUUUUUGGAUGGAUCUCUUGAUAAAAGCUCAUCCAGAAAACAGCAUUACGAAGAGGCCCUGGGAGAAAUGGAAGCUGCACUGAAGAAAGUGGCAAGAGAGCGCAAAGGACAAAGCAACAAUCACGAAGUGUUCAUGGACUCCUUGCUGCAGGGUGACCUCAUUGAGAAGCAGGUUCUGGAGGACAGUAUGAUCUUUUCACUGGCUGGAAGUGUGAUCACAGCAAAUCUGUGCAUUUGGUCCACGUACUUUUUGACCACGUCAAGUUCAGUGCAGGAAAAACUUUACCAAGAGGUAACCAAGGUUCUGGGAAGGAGCCCGCUCACUUUUGAUAAGCUGCAAGAACUGAGGUACUGCCAACAGGUUUUGAAUGAGACUGUCCGAACAGCGAAGCUCACCCCUGUUGCAGCGCGACUUCAGGAGCUGGAAGGGAGUGUCAACCAUCACAUCAUCCCAAAGGAGACUCUGGUCAUUUACGCCCUUGGUGUUGUGCUUCAGGAUGACACAUCAUGGCACAUGCCUUACAGGUUUGAUCCAGAAAGGUUCAACGAUGAAGCUGCCAGGAAGCAAUUUACAUUGCUGGGAUUUUCCGGGAGCCAGGAAUGUCCAGAGUUGAGGUUCGCUUAUACUGUGGCUACAAUCAUGCUGAGUACACUGAUCAGGAAGCUGAGCUUGCAUCCUGUGGCAGACCAGUUGGUGGAGAUGAAGUAUGACCUUGUAACCACCCCAAAAGAGGAGGCUUGGAUUACUGUCAGCAAGCGAAGCUAGACUGACUUCACCAGGGCUGAGUGUGGGGUUUAUUGGAUGGAGCCCUGUCAGUAAGAGGUUUGCAAUGACUUUUCAGAUCCAUACCUGCCACUGUAUCCUUCAUUCUCGACGACAGGAUUCCUGAGAGUGCCAUUCUGCUCCUUCCCUACUUUUGAAAAUAUGAACCAACCUUAAAAUGACAACCUC